UUCGAGUACCUCAUGCACAUUUUUAAUCCGUUCGUUUGUUCAAUUUGAUGCAAACACGAACAAAGAUUUUUUUUUAAAUAAAAAUGUUUUGUUUCGUUGUUUUAGUUCUCAUUUUUGGAUUUAUUGUGAAUCAAACAAAAUCAGAAAUACCGAGUUACAUUCAUGUAUGUAAAGCAUCCGAUCCAGAAGUUUCAAAAUGCAUUUUAAACUCUGUGAAUUUAUUAAAACCACAAUUAAAACAAGGAAUUCCUGAACUUGAUGUACCUCCACUUGAGCCAUUAAAAUUGGAUGAAAUAAAAUUAAGGCGAGGACCAACAACUACGAGGGUUUCUGCAAAUAUAACAGAUAUAACAGUUUUAGGAGCAUCUGAUUUUGAAAUUUUAGAUUUAAAAGCCGACUUAAUAAAAAAUAUCUUCUAUUUUAAAGUAAAUUUACCAUAUUUAUAUUUUCGAGGAAAUUACGAUUUGGACAUGCAAAUCCUUCUGAUAAAAUUGACCGGAAAUGGACCUAUUAAAGGCAAUUUAAGUAAUUACGAAUUCGAAGCUGUUAUGAAAGGUGAUCGAAUUGAAAAGGAAGGGAAGGAGUAUGAACAUUUUGACAAGAUGAAGAUUAAGAUUAAAAUGGGAGAAACGAAAUUGAGUUUGGAGAAUCUUUUCAGUCAUGAUCAUUUGCUUGGAAAGAUAUCGAAUGAUAUUGUUACUGAAAACGCUGAUUUAUUUUUGAAUGAAAUUAGACCAAAUUUGGAGGGUUCUUUAGCUCAAAAAUUUACUGAAAUUGCUAACAAAAUUACUUUAAGAUUUACUUACCAAGAAUUGUUUCCUUAAUAUUGUUUAUAAAUUUAAUUCUUAAUAUAGUUACGAGCACAGUAGAGAAAAACUACUGAAGAGAGAUUUGUAUAAAAAUAAACUGUUUAAUUGAAGUGUUUGUUUGAAAACUUGUGGUUUGCCUUGUGCUGAAUCAUCCUCCUUUUAGAAUUUAAUGAAUUAGAAAAUGUUUUAAAUGUUCUAUUUACCACAUAAUUGGAUAUAAUAUAGUUAAAAUAUUAAACGUGUGUACAAAUAAAUAAUUUAAUUUCAAAUCGA